AUGACCAUAAUUGCACAAUGUUGCCCGUCGCGGCUGGCCGUCUUCGCUUCGGACAACAAGAACGUUUCAGCAGUGCUCGACCAUUCUCGACGAGGGGGCGGGCUAUCUGAGGCCGAUCACGUGGCAAGGAAUGUCGUACCAGCACCAGUCUCAUCCACGGUAGGUAGAGUAGGGCAUGCGCAGAUUCAGCCGGAGGUCAAGCCAAGCGAGCUGCAGGUCCACAGCAACCUUGGAAUUGGAACAGCCGGCAACGAUUCAAGUGUUUGCGACAGUACAGGUCAGCAGUCAGCAAUCCGCCCAAGCUCGAGCUGUGGUCAUGGAGCAUCGCAAUCACAGCUCGAACGGCUGACUAUGAUUGAAAAUCUCGACACACCAUCAGACAGUUCAAAGAUGUGUCGCGCAUGGGAGCGGUGGGCCAAUCAAGGAGGCUACCGGGCUGAGAGCCAGGGGGUUGCCUAUCCCCUGGUCGGAAUUAUGGAGCGAGAAGACAAGCAAGACAAGCAAGACAGGCAGAGGAGCAGGCGGAUAGGGCAAUAUGGCAAGCCAUAA